UUUCCUGGCGCUAAGCGCCAAAUUUGAACCUGCCGCCAUCUUGAGCGGCGGUGUUGCGCCGGGCGCGGGCACCAUGGCGCCCGGGACCAAAGGAGAUGUGCGCAAUCCAGCAUUACCUUCGUCAAAUUCACUUAAUGCUGAAGGUGAUGCCAUCAAGGUUUAUGUGAGAGUGCGUCCUCCUUCAGAAGGACCUACAGUAGCUGAUGGGGAUCAAGGCUUGUGCUUAUCAGUUCUUUCAUCAAAUACUAUCCGUCUGCAUUCGAAGCCUGAACCCAAGAUCUUCACUUUUGACCAUGUUGCAAAUAUAGACACAACACAGGAGUCAGUGUUUUCAAGUGUGGCCAAAACCAUUGUUGAAUCUUGUAUGAAUGGUUAUAAUGGGACCAUCUUUGCUUAUGGUCAGACUGGUUCAGGGAAAACAUUUACUAUGAUGGGUCCAUCUGAUUCUGAUAAUUUCACUCAUAAUCUGAGAGGUGUAAUUCCUCGGAGUUUUGAAUAUUUGUUUUUUCUGAUUGAACGUGAAAAGGAAAAGGCUGGCACUGGAAAGAGUUUUCUCUGCAAGUGCUCCUUUAUUGAAAUCUACAAUGAACAGAUAUUUGACUUGCUGGAUUCUGCUUCAGCUGGACUUUUUCUCAGGGAACAUAUCAAGAAGGGAGUCUUUGUUGUUGGUGCUGUAGAGCAGGUGUUAACAUCAGCUGCAGAAGCAUAUCAGGUGUUAACUAUGGGCUGGAGAAAUCGUCGCGUAGCAUCUACCUCCAUGAACAGAGAGUCCUCAAGGUCACAUGCUGUUUUCACUAUCACAGUAGAAUCAAUGGAGAAGAACAAUGAAAUUGUUAAUAUCCGAUCCUCCCAGCUUAAUUUGGUAGACUUGGCAGGAUCUGAGAGACAAAAAGAUACCCAUGCAGAAGGAGUGAGAUUAAAGGAAGCAGGUAAUAUAAACCGAUCAUUAAGCUGCCUAGGCCAAGUGAUUACAGCACUUGUUGAUGUGGGUAAUGGAAAAUCAAGACACAUUUGUUACAGGGAUUCCAGACUCACUUUCCUACUACGGGAUUCUCUUGGAGGUAAUGCAAAAACAUGCAUAAUUGCAAAUGUUCACCCUGGAUCCAGGUGUUUUGGUGAAACUUUGUCCACCCUUAAUUUUGCUCAGAGAGCAAAGUUGAUUAAAAACAAGGCUAUUAUAAAUGAAGACACACAAGGAAAUGUGAGCCAGCUACAAGCUGAGGUGAAAAAACUGAAGGAACAGCUUGCUCAGCUUACUUCAGGACAGUCUACACAUGAUAUUUCUGUUUUACAAGCUGCUGCUGGGCAAAGAGAGGAGAAGAAUUACAUGAACAAUUUUCUUGAGGCAAUGCUCUUCUUGGAGAAGUCUGAAAGUGAAAAGAAGACUUUGUUAGAAAAAGUUGCUCAACUAGAAGAUCUCUGUGAAAAAAAGGAGAAGUUCAUUCAGUCCAAUAAAAUGAUAGUUAAAUUCCGGGAAGACCAUAUAGUUCGCUUGGAGAGACUACAUAAAGAAGCAGGUGGCAGUUUAUUGCCCAAAGAGCAGGACGACCUCAUCAACGAACUGAGAGAAGAAUUGAAGACAUUAAGACAACAAAUGGAUCAACACCCACGAAUUGCAAAGUAUGCCAUGGAGAAUCAUAACCUUAGAGAGGAGAAUAAAAGACUUCGUUCCUUACCAUCUGUGAGAAGGGUUCAAGAAAUUGAUGCUCAAACUACUGCAGAACUAGAAAAGGCUUUUUUGGAGACUUCAGCCACAGAGAAAAAUAACAGAGGUCAUCAUUUGUAUUCCAUCACCACCAUAUCAACUGAAAACAAUUCUGUGGCAUCACUUGAAAGGCUGAAAGCACAGCUAGUGCACACUCAGAGUGAACUGGCAAGUUCGAAACAAGAAUAUGAAGAAUUUAAAGAGCUAACCAAGAAAAAACAUCUGGAAAUGGAGUCAGACCUUCAGUCCCUUCAGAAAGCAAACAAGCAUCUUGAAAACAUUCUGGAGGCAACUAAGGCUCACAAACGCCACGCUCUCUCUCAACUGAAUAAAAUGCACAGAGAAACUCUUAAGAACUUGACUACUCCGACAAAGGCUUACCAACUAAGGUCCCGUCUGGUGCCACGAGUAAGCCCCGAGAACUUGGACUUUGAUUCUCUAGCUAUCCAGAGUCCCGAGAUGAUUGAUGAUAUUUUCAAAGAACCAGUUCCACCAGAGAUGAAUGAACAAGCCUAUGAGGCCAUUGCUGAGGAACUCAGAGUGGUGCAGGAACAACUGAACAUUCUUCAAAAAAAGCUAGAUGAGGAGGAAAGUAAAAACAUAAAACUUCAGCAACAUAUUAAUAAACUCGAGCAUCAUUCUACACAAAUGCAAGAGCUUUUCUCAUCAGAAAGAAAUGAAUGGAAUAAAGAAAAACGGGAGCUCUUUGAACAGAUAAAAUUGCUUGAAAAGCAACUUCAAGACACUCAAAGCAAGAAUGAUAUAUUAAUGAGUGAAGUCCAUGAUUUACGCAUUGUCCUGCAGUCUGCAGACAAGGAGCUGUCUACUGUAAAGGUGGAGUAUAACACAUUCAAAGAAAAACAAGAGAAGGAAAUGAGUCAGCUUUCUGAUAGACACAUGAACGUGCAACUCCAGCUGGAUAAUGUCAGGCUAGAACACGAGAAGACUCUUGAGGAAAAAGCAAGCCUUCAGGAUGACUAUGACAAUCUGCAGGAAGUAAUCAAGUUCGAGACGGAUCAGCUGAAGCGCCAGCUUGAGGAGAGCAAGCAAGAAAAUGAAGCACUGAAAACUGAGCUUUGUAAUCUCUUGAAACUUUUGGAAACAGAAAAAGAACAUAAUCAAAAACUGACACUGAAAUUACAAGAAAACAAAGAAAAUAAUUCAAAGAAGUUCUUGAAAACCCUUGAAAAAGCAGAGUUGGAGAAACAGUCUUCUGAAAUAGUGGCGAGGCGUGAACAGCAGGAAGCAGGGCUACAAAAACUGGAGCAGAAACUGGCUGCUGCUGAAGAAGUUAUAGUUUCUCUGGAGAAGACAAAUGCUGCUGAUAAGGAGGUUGUAACUGACUUGAUGAGCCAAAUCCAGGAGCUGAGGACACUGAUCAGUCAUAAGACAGAGUCCAUAGAGGGACUGACAAGAGAGCUGGAGGACAUAAAUUUCAAGUAUAAUGAUGUUUUGAUUGCAAAAGAGGAGAGCAAAGUAAUCAUAGAGGAACAGGAAAGGCAAAUUGAGAGACUGAGAGAAGACUUGGAAAGAAAACAGGCAGCUGAUGAUAUUGAGAGAGAUCUCCUACUUGAAGACCUGAACCAUACCACUGAGCAACUAAACAAGUUAACAGAAGCUUCUAAACAUCAUGUUGCAUUGCUUCAGAGUGCACAAGAAGAUUUAGAAAAAAAAGAUGCUGUAAUCCAAGAAUAUAGAGAACAGCUUGACCAAAAGGUGGAGGAAUUGGAAAAGAGGAAGAAUGAAUAUGACCUAAAAAUAAAACAAAUGGACUGUUUUGUGGACUCCUCUCUGUCAGUAGCACAGUGUCCAAGAACUCCUCCUAAUUUUAAUCUAAAUCUGGCAAAACUUUUGGAAACUCAGGAGCAGGAAAUAGCAGACAGGAGAGCUUCUGCAGUUACUCUGGAGCAUCUUGUAUCUAAAUUGAAUGAAGAAAGAACAGAUAAAAAUGAUGAAAUCCUAAGGCUGAAGGAGCAGUUAUGUGAACUGGAAAACACGCGCCUGGAAAUGCUGUCGUUAAUGGAAGAAAACCGGAACCUACAGGGUCAGAUUGAAGAGGCUCAGAGACAAUGGAAAAACAGGGAUCACAAACAUCAGAGUGAGGAGCAUCUAAAAGAGACAGAGAAGGAAAUUGCUGAAGAAAGACUAGCAAAGAAUAAAGCAAUGGAAGAAAUACUGAAAAUGAGAUCUGAACUUGAAGAGACUAAAAAUGCUCUUAAAAACACAGAGUGUGUCUGCCUUGAAAUGACCAUGGAAAUAAAACGGACAAGAGCUUUGGAGUCUAAAGCAUUUCAGGAAAAAGAAGAAAUUAGAUCAAAACUGGAAGAAACAUAUGAAGAGAGAGACAAAAUUGAAAAGGAGAUGGACUUUCUAAGGAAGCAAGUAGAUUCACUCACUUUGGAGAAUGGGAAGCUAGUAGGCCAUCAAAACCUAAACCAGAAGAUUCAGUAUCUUGUGAAACUGAAAAAAGAGAAUGUCAAACUUAUUGAGGAGGUUGAAAAACUGCGUAUUGAAAAUGCUGUGUUGAAAGAAGCGAAAAAAUCUGAAUGAUGUAAGGAAUUAUAAGCUGCAGUACCACAGUUCCCAAAUAUCAUUGUACAAAAAUGUCCAUUGAUUUAAAAACCCAGAACUGCCUGUUUUAUAAAAGUCAUCCUUCACUGCUGAGCCAUAGCCCUUCAUCUGAUAGAUUCAAGACAACUAGGUAUGUCAAUCUGUGUAUUGUGCCAGAUAGUAGCUUUUAGUGGAGCAUCAGUCCCAGCUCAUCCAACAACUUUUCAGCGCCUUCUGAACGUCCUCAUCCUGAAGGUGCUCUACAGUCUUAUCUGAAUACCCUAUUUUGUGCUGAAAGACUUUGUUGCAAUUGUGCCUUGUGAAGAAAAAGUGGUUCGUUUUCACUGAAACGUCUCAUCUUAUUUCUUUCUGUCCUUCAGAUUCCUCUCCCCCUCACCCCAAAAACAUUCUUUCUUCAGCAGAUGAAUUUGUGGAAAGAUGCGAAUUCCCACAAGCAACUUUUGUAAUAUUUUUAUCUGUUUAAAUAGUGCAUGUUCAUGCUGUUGUGAUUAAUCCGUCAAAAAUUAAUGCUCAUUCCUUGAAAAUAUUUUGUACUAAGGCUUUUUCAACAAAGCAAUAAUGUCAAUUUUAAUAAUAAACUGAUAUGUAAAUAGUACUGUUAAGGUGGUGGAAUUUGUGGUAUUAUAUUUUUUUGCUCUCAUUUUGCUCUCUUGUUUGGAAUUCAGAUGCUUUUAAACCUAACUUUUUUCUCUCCCUCUCUAAGCUUAGAAAAUGACCUUUGCAGUGGUGGACACUGUUCUUACAUUUGCUUUGUGGAGACUGCCUUCAUUGCUUAACUUGCUUAAACACUAUAUAACUAAUUUUUCUCGAGCAGAAGUCGGUCUUGUCACAAUAGUGUUAAUGUGUGGAAAGUGCAUCUUCUAAGAUUAUAGCAGAACCUCAUUAAUCACACUGAGGAUUUUACAGACUGAAAAAUUCAGAUAAGCAAAAUGUAAAUUAGUUGAUAUACCACAAAAUAUUCAUUGGAUAAAGAUGUAAUAAAGUUCAUUGGAUAAAGA